ACAGAAAGCGGCAGUUUUAUGUGUCGUUUUUUAAUUCUCCGACGAAUCAGACAACAUCUGGGUCACCUCUUGUUUGAAGCGCUGCUUGGUAUUCACCCGCAAUAAAAUGUCGACAGAAAAACAAGUCUUACAGGAUGGAGGGCACCAAACGCCCAUGUCACCUCCACCUUACCCAGUGCAGGAGGCCACAACAAACAGUACAUCGCCAGCCUAUUCCAUGCCCAUGCACGCUCCCACAAUGACACUGGGCACAGAAGGCUUCGUCCAGGAGACACAGUUCAACGGCUCAUCACAAGGAUACGCCAUACCCGCAAACCAUCCAGCUGGACCAAUGGGGGCAGCAGGGUAUGGGCACCAAGGCUAUCCCAUGCAGUACCAGCCCUGUGCUGCCUAUGUACCAGUUUAUCCAAUGACGAAUAACGUGGGAUUGUAUCUCCCAGGAAACAACGGAGUCGUGUCAGGUGGCCAGCAGAUGCCAGCAAACGUCACCAUAGUGAGCCCUCCACGACCCCCUCACGAUUACUUACCCAUCGCAGUGUUGACUACAGUGUGCUGUUUCUGGCCAACUGGGAUUUUUGCCAUAUUCAAAGCUGCACAGGUGCGGGCCGCCAUCGCACGUGGGGACAUGGUGUCAGCGGAGAUCGCCUCCCGUGAAGCCCGGAAUUUCUCCUUCAUCAGCCUCGCCGUGGGAAUCGCCUCCAUGGUCCUCUGUGCCAUCCUGACCGUGGUGAUUGUCAUAGCUGCCCAGCACCAUGACGACGAGUGGGAUCCUUAACCGGCCACGGACAGGCUCAGCAGGCCUUCUGCACACUUCAGGUGUCACCCCACAGGAACUCCGCCACAAAGCCGCACAACCCAUCCCUUCCCCUUUUACAUCCCGAUCCCAUCCCACCCCACCCCACCCUAGCCCCUCCCCACAGCCCUGCUUCCACCCCCACCCAUCAUCCUCUUCAACUCCCACUACACUCCUAGUUUGCAGACGUUACACAUCUACCCCAAACCACCUGACACCAUGAACAAUUAAUCAUUUCUGCCCGAAUAGUAGCCGUGUAUUUUACCUCCAUUGGUUCUCUGCAUCGAUAAAGGGACUGAGAAUGUUUUGUGAAAUUGGUUAACCGUGUUUUGUUUAAAUACAGACGGACACUGUCCAUUUAAGACGAUUGGCUCCGUCAGUAACCUGCAUAGAUCCCUCUCUGGGCACCUUCUGGGAUAGGAUGGAGGUGGGUAAGGAGAUUGAACAGUGGGUAGGGAAAUCAGGGAUUAGGCCCCACUUGGUGAAUCUGAAAUUGAGUAGAAAGGACAAACGGAUCUCAGAAGCAGGCUGGCACUGAGAAUUUGAGGUUAAAUCAGAUAUGAUCUCCCUGAAUGGUAUGAGGGAUUGUAAUCAUCUCUUCCAGCUCCUGUUUCUCAUGCUCUGUGUAAAG